AUGUCCCACCAAUUUUUUGACCGAGGAGCCUUCCAGCAUCCAGUAGGCAGAGUUAGGGAGAAUCGAGAUCAACAUAAUGCAAUACAUGUGGUGAUUGUGACUCUCUUCAGUAGCUUCUCACGCCAUCAGCUCUUCAAUCGUGGAUUACCCGGAUUGUACUGCCGCCCUCAUGAGGAUACAGAACAUCCUGAGAGAAAAUUUGAGCCCUUCGAGUUUGGUAACGAGAUAGCUGAGUCGAUUAAAGAGAUGGUGCUUACUAGUGAUGACGGUACACUAACUGGACGAAUUCAAUUCGAUCCCCAUACCGGUUGGAGGACCAAUUACUCUGCGACAGUCAUAGAGAUAAAGCCU